AUGGCUGAUCCUUUUCUAUAUGAUACUGGAGAAAGGUCUCACUAUGGGUGCCUUGGACAUGAAGUACAAAUUGAAUACCUUAAGGCAUAUGUUUGUAGACCAUCUUUUUCCACGGACAAAGCUGUGAUUGUGGUUCAUGAUGUAUUUGGAUGGCGGUUCCCAGAUAUCAGAUACAUAGUUGAUUUGAUAGCAGGUCAUGGAUAUAUAACCAUCUGUCCAGACUUCUUCAAGGGGACAGAACCCUGGAAAUCUACUGAUCACUGGCCUGACUUUCCUGACUGGAUGAAAAAUCAUGAUCCUAUGAAAGUAGACAAGGAAGCUGAUGUUGUCUUGAAGUAUCUAAAGGAACAAUGCGGUGCAAAGAAGAUUGGUAUCGUUGGGUUUUCCUGGGGUGGAAUGGCAGUACAUCACUUGAUGCUGAAAAAUCCUCACUUAACCGCUGGGGUGUCCCUCUAUGGAAUAGUUAGAGACUCUGAAGAAAGAUACCGUUUACUAAAUCCAACAUUUUUCAUUUUUGGUGAGAAAGACCACACUAUUUCUUUGGAUCAGAUCUUCUUAUUGGAGGACAAGCUGAAACAGUAUUGUAAAGUUCCAUAUAAAAUUAAAGUUUAUCCUGGGCAAGUUCAUGGGUUUGCACAACUGAAGCCAGAAGAUAUGAAACCUGAUGAUAAACCUUAUAUUGAAGAAGCUAGAAGGGAUAUGAUUGAUUGGAUCAAAAUGUUUGUUUGA